AUGUCAAGUUUAUCUACCCAAUUCAGUCUUUCUAGACUAAAUUUACCACAGGCUACAAAAUACUUACUAUUAACAUUAUCUGGUGUAUCAUCAUUGUUAUUGUUCUUGAAAUAUAGAAUGUAUAAUGAUUUGAUCGCAAUUGGUGAAACUGAUAUUGAGUUUGACAAGAUCGUGGUCCCUUAUUUACAAUUAAUACCAAAUCAUACUUUAUUACACCCUUGGACUGUUAUCACCUCAAUUUUCAUUGAAACUAAAGUAUGGAAAUAUUUCAUUUCUGUUUUGAUCUCUUAUUUUGCUGGUAAAUUCAUUGAAAGAUCUUGGUCAAGUAAAGAAUUGAUCAAAUUUGUUAUCUUAAUUGGUGGUGUUACAAAUUUAUUGGUUUCAUUAUCUUUAAUCAUUUCCAAUAUUAUUUUUCAAUUACACUAUUUUAAUGUCCCUGUUGAUGGUAACAUCUCAUUACUAGUUGGAUUUUUAGUCGUUUUUAAACAAUUGAUUCCUGAACAUUCGUUAGUGUUAUUCAAAGGUGCUAUCCAUGCUAGAGUUAAACAUAUUCCAUUCUUAGUCUUAUUAGGAUUGACUGUUUUUUCAAUUGCAACUUUUAGUCCAACUCCAUUUUAUCAAUCAUGGAUCGGAUUCCUAGUUUCAUGGGCCUACUUGAGGUUUUAUCAAUCAAACAUCAUUGAUCCUCUAUUACCUCAACCAAAUGAUGUUAUCGGUGUUCAAAGAUUAAAAGGUGAUGCUUCUGAAACUUUCAGUUUGGUUCAUUUCUUCCCAGAUGCUCUUGCACCAAUCUUGUCUCCAAUUUUUGAUCAAUUCUAUGAAAUCUUUGUUCAAUUAGGUUUAUUAUCAAGAUUCAAUGAUAGUGAAAUUGAACAAAGUAAUUUAAUCGCUAAUAGAAGAUUAACUGGUCAACAACAAGCUCAACAAUUAGAUUCAAGAAGUGCUGCUGAAAGAAGAAGACAAGUUGCCCUUAAAGUCUUGGAGGAAAGAAUUGGUGAAGAUCCAAACUCAAAAAAACAAUCUCCAACUGAAAUUGGUGUUGCUGCUAGUUCUCAAGAUGAAGUGAGUGCUUGA